AUGCGCGUCUUUCCUCGCCGCCCUUCGCCUGACCCCACCUCCUACCUUCCUGUCCCGCUCCUCACUCCUCUCGCCCCCACCUCGUCUCAAUCUCCCCUCCAACCGUUUUCCCUCCCCCACCUCCCCUCUCGCCGUGCACCUGCCACUCUCCUGACUCUCCUAAUCUCUCCCCUCUCCCCCUCUCUCCCCUGUCUCCCCCCUCUUCCACUCUCUCCCGACUCUCCCACUCGCUCCCCUCUCUCCCCGCUCUCCCCUCUCUCCGUUCUGUCCGAUCUCCCCUCUCUCCCGUUUUUCCCUCCUCUCCCCUCUCCUCCUUUUCUCCCCCGCCUCCCCUCUCUCCCCUCCUCCUUUCCGCGUCUAACCCCUUUUCCCGCCCUCUCAGCCACCCAGUUCGACGGCAUUCUCGCAGCCGGGCCUGCCCUGGUGGAAUGGACGCUGGGGCAGCAACCAGGGAGGAGCGCAGGGGCGGGGAGGAAGAGGAAGAGGGGGGCUACACCCGCUGCCCCCUCACUCACACCUGCCGCCCUGAAAACGCCCCCCGGUGCUGGGAGGUGUGACGUGGAUGGUGACGCCAGGCCUGACCUCAGCAGCAUGCAUGACGUCAGCCUGCUGCAGUGGCGAUGGAGGAGGGAGGGAGAGCGCGUCACGGACAUGUGGAGGGGAGGGGGAGUGGUCACGAGGGAAGCAGAGAGAGAAAGUGGUGGCGCUGGCAAUGAUGGAUGCAACAGUGCUAGCAGCAUUGGUGACAGUGGUGAUUGCAGUGAGAGUGACGGUGAUGGUGAUGGUGAUGGUGAUGGUGAUAGCGAUUGUGAUGAUACUGCUGGCAGUGAUGGUGGUGCUGGCAGUGCCAGGGACUGGGCGGGUGUGUUGACUGCUGGGAAGCUCUUGAACCCAACCCAAGUCAUCACCAGGAUCGCCCCUCUGCUCUCUCGCUCCUCCUCCUUUCCACUCCCACCCACCGCAGCAGCAGCAGCAGCCACAUCAGCCACUUCCCCUGCAGGCACACCCAUGCCAGCAGGCACAGCAGCAGCAACAGCAGCUGGCGCUCUUGACUCGGUUGACUCCCUUGAAGCCCGCUGUCUCGCGCUGCGUCUGAUUGGCUGCCUGGCUCCGCUGGCUGCUGACGUGGCACACGUGCAGGAGUUGGUGGUGCGGGCGGCAAUGGAAGCAGAGGGACAGCAGGAGGUGAGUGAAUUGAGGGAGAGGAGAG